GUCUUCUGGUAACAUUUCCUUCAAUAAUCCAUCCGCACCCGGUAUUCAUAAUUUUCGUAUUGGAUCUUCUGAACCCACAGAACAUCAACCGGAUCCUCUUCGAAUUGCCUUUUUGGAAUGUCAAAUCGCUGGCUUAACAUCUCAGUAUUCCUCUGUUAUUAGGGAAAAUAUUGAUCUCCGUUCUGAAAAUAUUGAUCUCCGUUCUCAGCUUUCUUUCAGUAUUCAGAAAAAUAAGGAUCUCCAAACUCAAGUCGCCGAAUUACAGUAUCAAGUUGACGUUCAACAGAUCGCUAUUUCUAUUCCAGAUAAAGAAUUUAUUAAAGAAUUUUCAUCUAAUAAUGACCAAAUUUCUGCAGAUGAUAA